AUGGCAGACAACACCGACAAGUCGCUCAACGGCGCAGGCACCACAGCACCUGCUCAGCCCACUGUCAACCCUCUCAAUCCCUCCGAGCCCUUGAAGCGUCCAGCCCCCGGCGACUCGAUCGAACCUGCCAACCCCCAGACCGAAAUCCUUCCCUUCGACUCGGCCACCACACGUGCCGAGAAGGUCGAGCGCAAUGGCGACGGGCAACCCUCUAAGAGAGUCAAGCUGGAGCAGGACCCUGUCUUGGGUGCCGUGGACCCCAAGCCGAGAACCAAGGGCGUCGCACCCAUCAAGAAGGAGUACCUGAUUCACAAUCCCCAGCCUGCUGCAAGACCCGAGCAAGUCUCAGAAGAGAACCCCGACGACGCCGCCGAAGGAAGCAAGCACGAAUCGCAACAGCAGUCCAAGGACAAGAAGCAGAAGAACCGCGGCCAGAACAAGGCUAGGACUUUUGGCAGCUCGCGCGAUGCUCUCCAGCUGUGCAAGACUCGCGUUCACAACAACGAGUUCUCACCCACAGAGUGUCCCUUCGGCGACAAGUGCAGAAUGGAACACAACCUCCGCAAGUACCUGGCUGAAGGCAAGCGCGAUGACUUGACUACUUUCGGCACAAAGUGCCCAAUUUUCGAGGUCAAGGGGAAGUGCAAUGCAGGUUGGAAGUGCCGCUUCGCUGGCUCUCACUCUACCGAGAGGGAGACCGCUGAUGGUCGCAAGGAACUGGUUCUUCUGGACAAUGACAAGGCCUCGAGCGACGGUGCUCAAGCAGAAGAAGAGGAGGGUGUGGGAGUGGUCAACGUUGUCUCGAUGGGAGCCAAAAUCGAACUCAGAAAGAAGAAGACCGGUAUGCCCAAGUCCGAGGCCUACGUGGCCUGGCUGGAAAAGCGCCAGACCGAAAUGAACAAAUACUACGCAGCAAACAAGCCGGAAGAGGAACAAACAGCACCCGCCGAAACCAUGUCGCUUGAAGAGCGUCGCGCCCAAUUCACAGAAGCACCUGUGCGUGCCUCCGAGAAGCGUAGGAUCUACUACGGCCCAGAGACACCGGUCCUAGCCCCAUUGACCACACAAGGAAACCUUCCCUUCAGACGUUUGUGCGUUGGUCUCGGUGCUCAGGUCACAUGGUCCGAGAUGGCCAUGGGCCUGCCCCUGAUCCAAGGUGAGAAGGGCGAAUGGGCUCUGGCCAAGGCCCACGAGUCCGAAAUCACGCCUCCCAAGUACACUCCCAAGUCUAUUGUUGCUGGCUACGACAACUCAAAGGAUCUCAAGUUUGGUGUCCAGAUUGCAGGAAACAAGCCAUGGAACGUCCUCAAGACCACCGAGAUCCUUACCGCCCUCUGCCCCAGCAUCCGUGCCAUCGAUUUGAACUGUGGAUGUCCCAUUGAUCUGGUGUACAGACAGGGCGCUGGCUCUGCGCUCAUGGACUCGCCUGGCAAGCUGGAGAAGAUUCUGCGUGGUAUGAACGCUGUCUCUGGCGAAGUCCCCAUCACCGUCAAGAUCCGUAUGGGCACCAAGGACAACCACCCCACUGCUGACAGGCUUGUCCAACGUCUCGUCCUUGGAGGUGAGGAAGCCAUGGCAGCUGGUGACGGGUCAUGCGGUGUUGCUGCUAUCACUCUGCAUGGCCGAAGCCGUCAACAAAGAUACACUCGCCAAGCCAACUGGGAGUACAUUGCUGAAUGCUCGGCCUUGGUCAACAGAUUGAAGCAAAAGCAAGCAGAGGUGACAGACACUAUCCGAGAGGCAGACGCUCGUGACAUGACCGCUUCAAACAAUUCCCUACCGUACUUCUGUGGUAACGGUGACGUUUACUCUCACGUUGACUACUUUGAUGCUGUCAACAACGCCAAUGUGGACUCGGCCAUGAUCGGUCGCGGUGCAUUGAUCAAGCCCUGGAUCUUUGAGGAAAUCCAGACUGGGCAGUAUCUGGACAAGAGCGCUUCGGAGAGACUGCAAUACAUUGAACAAUUCACACGUUUCGGUCUGGAGAACUGGGGCUCUGACGAGAUUGGUGUGGGCAUCACACGUCGCUUCCUUCUCGAGUGGUUAAGUUUUAGUUGCAGAUACGUGCCCAUUGGCCUGCUCGAACACUUGCCGCCGCACAUGAACGACAGACCCCCUGCUUUCCGCGGCAGAGACGAGUUGGAGACGUUGCUUAGCAGCGCCAACUACAAGGACUGGAUCAAGAUUAGUGAAAUGUUCUUGGGACCGGCACACAAGGACUUCAAUUUCCAGCCCAAGCACAAGAGUAACAGCUACGAGAUUGAGGCUGAAGGUUGA